AUGACCGCCAUAACCACGACGAAUGUGACCGGCAGCUUGAGGCCGAUCGAUUGGAACGAUGCAGCCGCCAGAUACACCCAUCUGCAAGACAUCAAGUUCCCCAAGCCUGCUGACCCGAGGGUGGUCGACAUUCUCAUUGGUCUCGAUCAUGCGGAGUUCCAUACAGCCCUGGAAGAAGUGCAAGGAGAACAACGUGAACCCAUAGCUCGCCGAACAGCUCUCGGAAGGACCUGUGUCGGGAUCGUCGACAAGUCGGCCAGGGCCACGCUGUUCUGCCAUCACAGUGACGUGUUCGUGGCGGAAACCAGCCAUGACAGUCUAGAGGGCUUGGUCCGACAGAUGUGGGAGAUGGAUAGCCCCCGAGAGGCGAUGCAGUCCACGGAGGAUUGCGAAAUCAUCUGUAGUGCACGGGCGACCUUGUCUGGAGUCGGCACCGGAAGGUAUACCGCGGGACUUUCAUGGAAAAGGAAGCCAGCGAUGCGUAACAGCAGCUAUGACAUGGCGCUGAAGCGAUUGCGCUCAACAGAACGGAGGCUCAGGAAGGAACCAGACGUUGCUAAGGAGUACCAGCGGGUGUUGCAGCGGCACCUCGAGUGUGGCUAUGUCAGCGAGGUCGAAAACAUCGACGGGAGACCUGAAGGGUGGAUUCUGCCGCACCAUCCGAUCACCCGGCCCGACGCGACGACAACAAAGGUCAGAGUAGUGUUCGACGCCUCGGCAACAGCAGGAGAACUAUGCCUUAAUGAUUGCCUUCAUGCCGGCCCAAAGCUCCAGCGAAGCCUUCAGCAGAUUCUGCUGCGAUUCCGUCGCAAGGCUGUCGCCCUCGUCGCCGAUGUCGCUGAGAUGUACUUGCAGAUCGAGCUGCGGCCGGAAGAUAAACCAUACCAUCGGUUUCUGUGGCGAGACUUGGACACCGACAAGGAGCCCAGCGUGUACCAGUACAAUCGUGUGGUAUUUGGAGUGAAUGCGUCUCCUUUCCUGGCGCAGUUCGUCUCGCAGGAGCACGCCCGUCAACAUGCUGUCGAGUACCCGAUGGCGGCCGAGACGAUUCUCGAAUCCACCUACAUGGACGACUCCAUGGACUCGGUAGAAGAUGAAGAUCAAGCGGUGGAGCUGUACCACCAACUGUCCAAGUUGUGGAAACUCGCUGGAAUGCACGCGCGUAAGUGGGUCUCCAACAGCAGCAAGCUACUAGCCGUGAUUCCUGCCGAGGAUCGAGCGAAGCAAGUCGACCUGUCCAGUGGGACCCUGCCGACGACCAAGACCCUAGGCGUCCUGUGGCGAGCAGACGACGAUGCCUUCACGUUCAAGUGUAAACCUCCGCCGUCGGCAGCCUGUGUCACGAAGCGGCAGUUCCUGCGCAACAUGGCUACGCUAUUCGACCCACUUGGAUUCGUCACCCCAUUCAUCAUGUCGGCAAGGGUGCUGUUCCAGGACGUGUGGAUCGCCGGAACUGACUGGGAUGAGCAUCUGGCAGAAGACGUCCAGCUAAGGGCUCAGCAAUGGUACAGCGGUCUGGCAGCCCUAGAAGCGGUGGAGGUGCCUCAGUGUCUUGUGCUGCAGAAGGCAGAGGCUGUCACCAGCACGGAGCUCCAUGUUUUUGGCGAUGCAUCUCAAGUGGCGUACGGAGCGGUGGCCUACCUGCGGGUUACUUAUCAAUGUGGAGAAGUGUCCAGCCGUCUGGUAUGGUCUAAAGGCAAAGUGGCCCCACUUGGCAGUGUGAGUAUUCCGCGACUGGAGUUAUCUGCAGGUGCUAUGGCGUGUCGACUCGGAAUGUCGAUUGCUAAGGUUCUCUCUAUUCCUCGCGAGAAGGUGGUACUGUGGACGGACAGUAUGAAUGUGCUGUGCUGGGUUCGCAACCGCAGCCGCUUGUUCAAGCCAUACGUCGCUAAUCGAGUGAGUGAGAUCCAGCAGCAAACCGAGCCGUCCCAGUGGCGCUAUGUGCCGACUGCCGUUAAUCCAGCCGACCUGAUAUCGCGAGGAACGUCUGCGGAGUCCUUAGUGUCUAGCGUCCUGUGGUGGGACGGACCAGAGUUUCUGAGCAAAUCGUCAGAAGAGUGGCCUAGUCAACCUACGUCCGUCAAGUCGGCAGCUGCUACUAUGGAGAUUCGGUCAGCAGCCCGUCAGCUCACCGGCGGCGACUCACUCGGUGGCGUCGACUCGUUCUUCAUAUUCCAUAAAAAGACCGCGAUUGGAGACUCAAUCCGACGCGUUUCUCGUCCUGGCAACGCCUUAUCCGCAUCACAGCGUUGGUGGUGA